AAAAUAAUCCCUUUAAAAUUUGUGAUAAAGAAUAGAAAACUGUUUCCGUCCGGCUCUUACGGACUGUCCCCGUCACACAAUCAAACGUCUUUGUGGUAACGCGGGAAAGACCAGUGUGUUGUUUUCGGCUCCACAAACGAGCAUCCACAACGCUAACCCAUGUCCCAAAACUACCGUAAACAAACGCUUUAAGGCCGCGUAUUUACCUAAAUCCUGACCGAUUGAACAGUUCAAACCUGGGACUCAUUUCUCCAACUUUACCGGGCCGGAAUGUCGCGGAUAAGUUGAGUUUUAUGCCCGGUUUCUGAGCUCCGAUUGCCGAUCUGGUGGCGUUAGCUUCAUCUCGCACAAAGAACCAGCACAGAGGCUAAAGACGGACCGACAAAACAAGAAAGUUAUUUUAUUUUGAACUUUUAACAAAUGGAUACGUUUCAGAAAGUGGAAAAGAUCGGAGAAGGCACGUACGGAGUGGUUUAUAAAGCAAAGAACAAAGUCACUGGUGAAACUGUCGCGUUGAAGAAAAUCAGACUUGAUACGGAAACAGAAGGCGUCCCCAGCACCGCGAUCAGGGAAAUCUCUCUACUCAAAGAGCUCAGCCACCCCAACAUCGUCAAGCUCCGAGAUGUGAUCCACACAGAGAACAAACUGUACCUGGUGUUUGAGUUUCUUCAUCAGGAUUUGAAGAAGUUCAUGGACUCUUCCUCAGUCACAGGGAUCCCUCUCCCUCUGGUCAAGAGUUACCUGUUCCAGCUGCUGCAGGGCCUGGCGUUCUGUCACUCUCACAGAGUCUUGCACAGAGACCUGAAGCCUCAGAACCUGCUCAUUAAUGCUCAGGGGGAAAUCAAACUCGCUGACUUUGGUUUGGCUCGAGCCUUUGGGGUCCCUGUGCGCACAUACACACAUGAGGUGGUGACCUUGUGGUACAGAGCUCCUGAGAUCCUCCUCGGGUGUAAGUAUUACUCCACAGCUGUUGACAUCUGGAGCCUCGGCUGCAUCUUUGCUGAAAUGAUCACCAGGAGGGCCUUGUUCCCCGGAGACUCAGAGAUAGACCAGCUGUUCAGAAUCUUCCGGACUUUGGGGACUCCAGAUGAGACGCUGUGGCCCGGAGUGACGUCCAUGCCCGACUACAAACCCUCGUUUCCCAAGUGGGCGCGGCAGGACCUGGCCAAAGUGGUGCCUCUACUCGACGAAGACGGGAGGGAACUGCUUGGAGAAAUGCUGACCUAUGACCCCAACAAGAGGAUAUCUGCCAAGAACGCUCUGGUGCACCGCUUUUUCAGAGACGUGACGAUGCCAGUCCCUCACCUCAGACUCUGAACAGACACAACAAAACUGAGCUUUAAUCCCAAAAGUUUGAGCUACAUGGACCAGUUUAACGUCACACCAUUCCCUCAGACCGGACCAAAACUCCGCCCUCCAGUGGUCACAUCUUUGAGGAUUUUGUCUCGCCAGUUUUGAUACCAACAUUUCUCACUAUAUUUCCAGCAAGUGCUACCUUUGAUAUUGGUUACAUGGAGUUUAGUGAAUUUAAAUCUUAAUGAGUUCAGUUAUAUGAUGUUGGUUAGUUAAGGUAAAGGUUAAGGGAUAGUGCAAAUAUCAGGAGCCAUAGGGAUGUUUUAAACCCUAAAAGUGCAGAAUGUCCAAGUAAUUUGAAAGAUUGAGGCUAUAUUCUAUUGUGAAAUGUAACACUCUUUCAAAUAUGGUUUAUGCGAGACGUGUGCUCCUAGCCCCAGUAUGGCUUUUACCACAACAAAAUUCAGAAUGUAACAGAUUUUUACAGUCUUGAAAAUUUUAAGCAGUUUGCAGUGGUUCCUCACUAAUCAUAUCCAUUCUGAGCAUCCUAAUUAUUCACCAUGAUGAGUUUAUUAGUGCUUUUCACAACUCUCAGACUAAAGUUGAGUUUAGAGGUAACAACUAGCAUGUGCUUUAUAAUUAGGUACAGACCAUGCAUAGUGGACUCAUUUUGACCUCAAGAGCUGCUUAUGCAAUAUGUCUAUACUGAGGUACAGACUUUUUAAAUGAAUGGAAAUUAUUUGAAAGCCCAGUAGCAAUUCUCAAAGCCAUACUUCUUUAUUGUUUAUGAAGAAUUGGUAAAUAACACAAGGAGCAAUGUGUCACUCAAACACUGCAUAUUUUGAGAGGAUGUACACUUUGUCAAUAGGACUAUAAAAUAAUAUAGUGGUUUAGACCUGCCCAAGAUGGCGGCUCCCCAAAUGGAAUGUUUUCAGAUCUUUUAAUUCUUCAUAUAAAUGAAACUUGUUCAUGAAGAUUUCUCAAAGUUGCACCUUUCUGUAGUUGGUCCCAGCUCUGGCUCGGAUGUUUCCUGGCAGAGCUUUGUGCCGUUGCGUCAUUUUUCCACAGUUUUUCCUGUACAUAUUUGUGACUUGCUGACGUUCCCGAAGUGAUUUUACUGGAGCUGAAGUCGUUGAAAACUUUUCACUCUAUAAUUUUAACAGUUUUAUAAAUGUUAUAUACAGUUUGAACAAAUAAACCUGUUUAAAUAACUGUAAAA